CAGACGCCGCGCCCGCCGCCGUGUAGAAUGCGCAAGUCUGCGCGCCAGUCCGAGAAAAGCGCGGCUCGCACGCAGCAACUACAGCAUCUUCAAAGAGCUCGUCGCGCAGCACUAGCGCAAGGUGAACACAUCGAGGAGGAGGAGGACAAUGACGAAGGAGAAUGGCACCCAGACAACGACGACGAUGGCGACGACUCGUCCAUCUCGUCCGAGGGGGGUGGCGACAGUCCACCGCACGCUCGUGCGAAAAAUCGUGGUAAUAUCGCGAGAAAACGAACGCUAGAUGCAAUGCAAGCCCAAUCCACGAAUGUCAGUGCCCCCGUCGCCAAUCGACGCGAGGCUCCUGGCGUGGGAAGGUCGAGCAAUGCAAAGGACCCGCGGCAACGACGUCAAGUGGUUGUUUUGAACGCUCCCGUCACGACGACGACAACGAUGCAACAGAAGAGUGCGAAGGACCCUCGGCAACGACGUGUUCCAGUCCAACGCGUCCAGCAACAGUCAAUCGUGAAGGUGGAGUUGCCCAUUUACACAGAUUCAUCAGACGAGGACGAAGAACUCGCCAAGAAACCAAAGUCGAUCUUGAAGCGUUCGCAUUCCGUGCCGCUAUCCAUGGUCGUCGCGCCGCCACCGCUCCCACCAGGCGCGCCGCCCGGCAUUGGGUGGGCGGGGCCAUCGUCGCAGAACCCCGUGCAAGCCAGCAAGCCCCUGACGCUGCACAAACGGCCAAACCGCCAGCGCCAGGCGAAUCUGCUUCGUCCAGUCAUGACCUCGACGAACGCGUUGAGUCAGUUCUACGAAGACAUCAUGGAAUGGGACUUUGGCCGAGCGUUAGUGCAAGACAGCUUGAAUACAAAGCCCGAAGCGAGUGACGACGUCCAGGUCCCAAACAUGUUCGAGUCGUUCGAACACUACUUUGCCGUGUGGAAGCCGCUGGCGGUCGAGGAAGUGCACGCGCAGACGAUCAACGGUCUCGCGUCUGAGGUUCCGCCGGCGAUUCCGAUCGUCACGCGGACAAAUGUGCUGGCCACGGCGGGCGUGUCCACGAUGAAAGUGUCGCUCCUGAUCAAUCGCGGAGCGAACCCGACGAAGAAGCACGUGCUGCAGCUGGACGACAUGCGAAAGGACGACCUCGUCCUCCUCACUGCCGACACGACGUACCUCACGCGGCGCAUGAAGACGUCGGCCAAAAACCAGUCGUCCCCCGAAGACCUGACGAAAUCGUUUGGGAUCUUGGCAAUUGUCGACUCGCAGCGGUCGUCGAGGGAAGGCUUGGUGGUCGUGGUGACGACGAAAAAGUGGCGCGAGCUAACGGCCGUCGUCGGGACCGAUAGUCCCAUCGUCGUGUUCAAGAUCAGCAACCUCGUCACGAGCAUUCGCGAGUUUCGAGCGCUGUGUCAGUGCCGCGACUACAAGCUCAUGCCGCUGCUCUUGUCUGGGAAGGCGCAGCCCCCAACGACGAAGCUGGACAGUCUCGGCAUGGCCUACGUUGCGUGGUUGAAGAAGACAUUCAAUGAAUCGCAGCAAGAAGCGAUCGCGGCGGCGGCCACGUCCCACGGAUUCACGCUCAUUAAGGGGCCUCCCGGGACUGGGAAAACCACGACGCUCAAGGGCCUGCUGAAUUCGCUCCAUCUUCGAGAGUACAAUCGGUAUUACAACGCGGUCCUGGAUGUCGCCCGUCGCCCCGACCAUGAAACAUCCAAGGCGUGGGCAGCCAUCGGCGACGAAAAGCCGCACAUUCUCGUGGCGGCGCCGUCCAACAUUGCGGUGGAUAAUAUCGUGGCCAAGAUCAUGGAGGAAGGGUUUUGCGACGGCGAAGGGCGGCAGUAUUUUCCAAAUAUCAUUCGCGUGGGGCGCGGGGCGAAUAUCAACGUGAAGAGCGUGGUGCUGGAAGGCAUGGUGGAGGCGCUGUCGUCGCAGCCACAGGACGUCGUCGAGAUGCGAUGCCGUCAGCUCCAGCACGAGCUCUCCGUGGUACAACACGACGCUGUCUUGCUUCGUCAUGAAUUCCGUGCGAUUAUCAAAUGGAUUCAUGAGUACGUGGACGACUUGCGCAAGUCGGCGGGUGCGGCACCCCCCGUCGAAGCAACGGCCAUUGGCGACGACACCACGUCGCCACCGCCGAUUCUUGACCAGCACCAGGAUGCGCUUGUAUCUGACACGCCAGCGGCCGUGGCAGUCUACCGCUUCGACUCGGAAGACGAGGACGCCGUCCACGUGCCGUUCUCGUGUGACGACGUGGCCCCGCCGUCGGUGGCCGACCUCGACGAUGAAAUGGAUGAGCCAUUUGAGAGUGUCCAGGUGGAAGGUGACGAGUCGGACGAAGUCGAUGAACCGUUUGACCAGGACGACGAGGACGAAGUGGACGAGCCGCUGGGGUCCCCGGAACCACCUGUGUCGACUGCUCCAGUGGCCGCUUCGAUGGAAGAAGGAGAGUGCAGCGACACGGAGGCACCGCCGCCGCCUCUGCCGUCGGGCGAUGCGGCCGAAGCACCGCCCAUACCGUCGCCGUCGCCCCCUCCAAGCCCACCACCCGAACCGGAACGUCCCGUCCCGCCAUCUCCCGACGACGAACCCAUCGUCAUCGACUACAACGCGUACAAACAGUACCGAGACAUGGCGCAGCGCAUCAAUCUAUGCCUUGAACGAUUCCACUCGCUCAAGCUCGAACUGCAACGGCAUGUCAUGGUGCUGCGGUCGAUCGAGACGCAUGGACGCGUCGUCAAGGAGACGCAGGACACCCUCGAGUCGUCGUUUCUCGAGUCGGCGCAUAUUGUGUUUACCACGCUGAGCUCGGCCGGCCACCGCGCGCUCGACGACUCCACUCGCUACGACAUUCUCGUCAUUGAUGAAGCCGCGCAAGCGGUCGAACUGUCUACGAUCAUUCCCAUGCGGUUUGGCAGUCGGCAAUGUGUUCUCGUCGGCGAUCCGCAGCAGCUGUCGGCCACAGUGUUUUCACGCACGUCGGCGCAGUCGCUGUACGAGCGGAGUUUGUUUGAACGGCUCGAAAGCUGCGGCCACCCCGUGCACAUGCUUCGAACGCAGUACCGCAGGUGCUCUGUCGAUUUCUUCGUGUGCGCUUCGCGUCUAUCGUCGUGCCUGUAGUCAUCCGACGAUCUCGGCAUUUCCGCGGCACUUUUUUUACGGCGGCAUCCUCCAAGACGGCCAAAACGUGUGCCAGCCAGCGUAUUCCAAGAUGUACCACAGCCUGGCGCCGGCAUUCCAACCGCUCGUGUUUUUCAACUUGAGCAACUCGCGCGAAGGGAUGAGCAGCAUGUCCCGGAGCAACCCGAUGGAAGUCAAGCUCGCAGUCAACUUGUACCUGACCCUCCGGAACUCUUGUCCGCCGGACGCGAUCCGCGGCAAAGUCGGCGUCAUCACACCGUACGCGGCGCAGAUGGACGAGCUCAAGCGCGCAUUUGCAGUCGCGUGCGGCGGCGAUUUUCACCAGGACGUUGAGAUCAACACGGUUGAUGGGUACCAAGGCCGGGAAAAGGACAUCAUCAUCUUGUCGACGGUGCGGUCCGAUCCUCGCAAAGGAGUUGGAUUCUUGAACGACAUUCGCCGCAUGAAUGUGGCACUGACCCGCGCGAAGUUUGCGUGCUAUGUGCUGGGAAGCGAGGCCGCGCUGCAAAAUUCCAAGCCGUGGGCCGCCCUCCUCGACCACGCCCGCGUCACGGGGUGUCUCGUCCACGUGCCCAACCCGCAAGAGAACCUGUUUACGCUCGUGCCGCAACCCCCUGGUCCCCCGCGUGGUGUGAUCACGGCCAACCCGAAUCGCGGCGGGCGAGGCCAGUCGCCCGCCCAUCGCAACCAACAUGGAGGGUACCACCAAGGCGGCCAUGGCGCGGGGGGAGGACGUGUGUCGCCCUUGCACCGACGCGGUGGGCGAGGGGGGCGAAGAGGGGGCCGCCAUCACCACGACACGCCGCCCACCCCUCGACACCAACAGCCCAUUUCGUAUUCGCCACCGCCCCAUGCCAUGUAAACCCGCAUAUUUAAGGCAUACAGCAACACUUCCAUCAUGACGUCUGUCGGAGAGCUCGGUGUACAAGUUGCAAAGUGGUUGAGUGGGCUUCCCACGUAGCAAACGCAGCACAAAGACGCCUGGCCCCGUGACGUUGAAAGCUUCGACUCGACGCCGUUCGUCGCAUGCGUACGAGCGGCAGCAUGCGUCGCUGCACGUCGGAUGCGACGUGCGGCCAUCGUCUUGGCGAUCCCUGUGAAACGCCAUGCAACCGCCGGAAACG